AGCUGAGCCCGAUGUUUGCCUCAGCGAUCUUGGACAGAAGGUGAGCUCAGUUAGGUUUUGACAGCGGAACGCGUAGGUACAGCGAAACGGGUAGCAACGGGAAAGUGGGUUUAGUGUAGAACAGAACAGACCACGAAGUACAGAACAAAAAAAUUAUAAAACGAACUACAGACGAUUUGUUAAACAGUUUACCUUAAAAGAAAAGAAACCAAAACCGAAAGUUUAAGUUGUGUUUAUGUUUGAUCGUUGAGUUAUUGUUAUUUCGAAAGUUAAACGAGCGUUAUUUAUGAGACACUGAGACCGAAAUCCAAAGAAAUCGUAACCAAGUUAAACGGAAAAUCCAGAAAACACAAGUUCGAAAAUGUCUUUCUCCAAGGCCAAGUUGAAGCGUUUCAAUGACGUUGAUGUGGCCAUCUGUGGAUCGCCAGCUGCGUCCAACAGCUCGGCGGGAUCGGCGGGCAGUGCCACGCCCACAGCGACGACGGCGACAGCCGCUGCUCCGCCCACCGUUCAGCCGGAACGCAAGGAGCAGAUCGAGAAGUUCUUCAAGGACGCCGUGAGAUUUGCCUCCAGCUCCAAGGAGGCCAAGGAGUUUGCUAUUCCCAAGGAGGACAAGAAGUCGAAGGGAUUGCGCCUGUUCCGUACUCCCUCGUUGCCGCAGCGCCUGCGUUUUCGUCCGGCUCCCAGUCACACGGAUGCGGCGGCCAGCGGAAGCGGAAGUGGCGCCUCCACGGCGGCUUCUACUCCCCUCCAUUCGGCAGCCACCACUCCCGUGAAGGAGGCCAAGUCCGCCAGCCGGCUGAAGGGCAAGGAGGCACUGCAGUUCGAAAUUAGGCACAAGAACGAGCUCAUCGAGAGCCAGCUAAGUCAACUGGACGUACUGCGUCGCCAUGUGGAGCAGCUGAAGGAGGCCGAAGCCAAGAUGCGCGAGGAGCACGAGCUGGCCACCACCAAGACGGAUCAGUUGAUCGAGGCUCUGACCAAUGAGAAUCUGUCGUACAAGACCCUGAACGAGCAGCUGGGUCAGGAGCACGCUGAUCUCCUGGAGCGUUUGGCCGCCAUGGAGCAGCAGUUGCAGCAGCAGCGCGAGGAGCAUGAAAGCCAGGUGGAGACGCUCGUUGCCGAGAGCGAGGCACUGCGUCUGGCCAACGAGCUGCUGCAGGCGGCCAACGAGGAGCGCCAGGUGGUGGAGCAGCAGCUUCAGGCCCAACUGGCUGCCCUGCAGGCGGACGUGGCCCAGGCCCGAGAGCACUGCAGCCUGGAGCAGGCCAAGACGGCGGAGAAUAUCGAGUUGGUGGAGAAUCUCCAAAAGACCAAUGCCUCCCUGCUGGCCGAUGUGGUCCAGCUGAAGCAGCAGAUCGAGCAGGAUGCCUUGUCCUAUGGCCAGGAGGCCAAGAGCUGCCAGGCGGAGCUGGAGUGCCUGAAGGUGGAGCGUAAUACACUGAAGAACGACCUGGCCAACAAGUGCACCCUCAUCCGCUCUCUGCAAGAUGAACUCCUCGACAAGAACUGCGAGAUCGAUGCCCACUGCGACACCAUCCGGCAGCUGUGCCGGGAGCAGGCCAGGCACACGGAGCAGCAGCAGGCGGUGGCCAAGGUGCAGCAGCAGGUGGAGAGCGACCUGGAGGGCGCCGUGGAGCGCGAGAAGAGCUACUGGCGCGCCGAGCUGGACAAGCGCCAGAAGCUGGCCGAGAAUGAGCUGAUCAAGAUCGAGCUGGAGAAGCAGGAUGUGAUGGUGCUGCUGGAGACCACCAAUGAUAUGCUGCGCAUGCGCGAUGAGAAGCUGCAGAAGUGCGAGGAGCAGUUGCGAAACGGCAUCGACUACUACAUCCAGUUGAGCGAUGCACUGCAGCAGCAGUUGGUGCAGCUGAAGCAGGACAUGGCCAAGACGAUCACCGAGAAGUAUAACUACCAGUUGACUUUGACCAACACCAGGGCCACCGUGAACAUCCUGAUGGAGCGUCUCAAGAAAUCCGAUGCCGAUGUGGAGCAAUACCGCGCCGAACUGGAGUCUGUGCAGUUGGCCAAGGGAGCCUUGGAGCAGAGCUACUUGACCCUACAGGCGGAUGCGGAGCAACUGCGUCAGCAGCUGACCGAAAGCCAGGAGGCACUCAGCUCCCUGAGAUCCUCCUCCCAGACGCUGCAGAGCGAGGUAUCGUUGAAGGAGUCCCUGCUCCAUGAGCUGCUCGCCGGCGAGGCGGAGACAUUGGCUAAAUUCAAUCAGAUUGCAAACUCGUUCCAGGAGCGCAUCGAUGGCGACGCCCAGCUGGCCCACUACCACGAGCUGCGGCGCAAGGACGAGACGCGCGAGGCCUACAUGGUGGACAUGAAGAAGGCCCUGGAUGAGUUCGCCACCGUGCUGCAGUUCGCCCAGUUGGAGCUGGACAACAAGGAGCAGAUGCUGGUAAAGGUGCGCGAGGAGUGUGAGCAGCUGAAGCUGGAGAACAUUGCCCUCAAGUCCAAGCAGCCGGCAUCGGCUGCCUCCCUGCUGGGCACCCCUGGCAAGGCCAACCGAUCGAACACAACCGAUCUGGAGAAGAUCGAGGAUCUGCUGUGCGAUCCGGAGCUGCGUUCCGACUGCGACAAGAUCACCUCGUGGCUGCUCAACACCUCGGAGAAGUGUGUGCGCCAGGACAGCACCAGCGAGAUCAGCGAACUCCUGUCCGCCGGCAAGUGCUCCCCGCGUCCCGCCCCCCGUACUCCCAAGGCGGCGACGCCGCACAGUCCGCGCACACCCCGCACCCCGCGAACCCCCCGUUCGGCUGCCAGUACGCCCAAGAAGACCGUCCUGUUCGCCGGCAAGGAGAACGUGCCCAGUCCGCCCCAGAAGCAGGUGCUCAAGGCACGCAACAUCUAGGCUAUUCCUUUGUACCAACUACCUACUAUUAUAAAUUAUAUACCUUAGCUAAGAUUCUGAUUUGAAAUAUAUUCAAUACACGUUGCAUACAACAUAACAAGGCCAGAGGUGUUUUUGAAAUCUCUUUCGAACGAACCACGACUAAAUUCCAAAUCUUGUUGUUUUUUAAUCUCUGGUUCUUAUUCGGGAAAUUUGAUAUAUUAGAGGUGUUUAUCAUCUCGAAUCUUAUUCAGUGAACUAUUCUUUUAAAUGUCUUUUGAAACAUCCUUCAAAUCAAAUAUCUUUUGCAAAAUCCAAUGAAAUUUGAUAUGUUUAUAUUAAUCUGUUUACAAAGGUGUCGAAAAAUUCUCUGUAUGUUGGUCUUAGUCCCUCCUGUUCUUCGAAAAAAUUUGAUAUUAGUAAACCCUCCCUCCAAUGCUAAGAAAAUGAUUUUUAUGUAUCAACUAUAUUAUGCAUUUAUUUACACCCCUCAUAAAUAAAAGUAAUUUUCAUUUUCAAACUAGUUUUAUAUUUCGUUCUCAAGGUGUACAGUUUCAUAGUUUUAUUCAAAGUAAACUUUAUUUCCCAAAGUCGUAAUUUCUUAUAUAUAUAAACCUUUUUUAAAGGCUGUACCCAAACAAUGUGGAAAUUGUUUACGCUUUUCUUGACAACCCCGAGGGACUCGUUUUGAUUUCGAUCGUCGACUGCGAUGGCAUUUUCUCAGGCUGAACCUUCUCCAGGAAGGGGUGAAUCCAUCCAUGCAAUCCGAUGGAAUCUUGCGACGCUGAUUACGCACACGUGGCCCUUGGCACGGUCUUAUUUCCCUGGUUACUCGAUGGGAACGGACUGACCUCCUCCUUAAUACCUCAGUUCCUUAGUUCCUCAGGCGAAACGGAACAGCUGCGCAUGCGCCUGCGCUUCCUCCUCAAGGGUGGUUUAACCUUCUUUAGUACAAGACCGAAAACGAAGGGAAAUACCCAUGCACCACCGACAAUAACAACCACUGGUAGCUGCAAGUUCGCUUCAUUAAUUGUGACUUAAGCCUGUUGACGGGGUUUUCCCUUCACCUUUUUUGUUUUUCCGCUCUCCUCCUUUUCCUUCCCCUUAAAAAUCCCUGGCAAGCGGCCUUUUGUCUUGUUCCGCAUAAUGGCCGCUUAUGACCUUUGACAUUUUCUGCAAUGCUCACAAUGCCCUGGGCAAGGUAAGUGAAGACUUGCCCAAGACGUGGAUUUAUUCCUCAUUGUGCAUACAGCUAUACAGCUGUACCCUUACCUUAUACCAUAUACCGUAUACAGUACCUCGGGCAGCUGCAUCAACAAUU